AUGCCUAGUGAGAGUGCCGAAGAACCCACGGUGAAGACCGCCGAGUCGCAGGAAGAUGUCCAAAUGGAAGAAGACGUUGAAGUUGAUGACGAAUUCAAUGAUGAAGAGCCAGGGAAACAAGCAACUUCAGGUGGAAGCGUAGGUGCCUCAAAAGCUGAUGGUGCCGGUAAACCAGAACCUGCUGCCGUAGUUCCUCCUGCUAUUGGAAUGCCUGAGUUGCCAGAACUCACUCGUAAGGAUAAAACGUUAAAGGAGGUGCUAGACCUCUUAGAUGGUGAUUUUGCUCCGAUAAUACCGGAUACCGUUACAGACUACUACUUGGCCAAGAAUGGGUUUACUAGUUCGGACGUCAAGAUAAAAAGAUUGCUUGCCUUGGCCACACAGAAAUUCGUACUGGACAUAGCACAGGAUGCUUAUGAAUAUUCCAGAAUCCGUAGUACAUCAUCUGUGUACAACUCAGCUAACCCACAGGUAAGAGCUAAGCAGUUACUUCUUGGCCAACAGUACGCCAAUCAGCAGCAGAUGACUGGUGCUGGUGGCCCUCCAGGAUCUGCAGAUGGUCUGUCAGAUCUGCAACCUCUGCAACACUCUGGUGGUGGUGCUGCUGGUAAUCAACAGGGGAAAAUCGUAUUGACAAUGGAUGAUUUGAAUAGCGCUCUCAGUGAAUAUGGAGUGAACACUGCCCGUCCAGAUUUCUACAGAUAG